ACAAACCAAAGAGCGCAUGAGAGAGAGAGAGAGAGAGAGAGCGAGAGAGGGAGAGAGAGAGAGAGCAAGAGAGAGAGCGACUGCAAUGAUGAUCGACGCCAGCCUGCCACCACUCUGUAGCAGCGAGUGGCUGCAACAAAAGCACAGAAUAGCAUCCCAGCUCCUCUCCUCCGCUCUUUUUCCCCUCACCGCAUCUCUCUCUUCCUCUGUGCCGAAAACUCCAGACAGAGCUGCAGAGAAUUGACGUCGCUAGCGCAGCCCCUGCCUGCCAUCAACAAGUUAGGGAUGAAGGACGUUAAACAGUGAAAGAGGAAUGCGUGAUCUUCAAUUAACCAAUUGAGCUGACAUCAUUGCAGUGGAAAUGCAAAGAGGCAGCUAAGGGACGAAGGAUCUGCUCAGCAGUGUCGCUUUGGAUGCUAACUUCAAAAUUAAGGAUUCUUGGAAGGCAAAUAAUGCUCGUCUUUUCUUAAUCUGGGAAUUGAAUAGCGGCGAGGAAAACAAGGACCGAGCAAAUAACUGCAUCCCAGGACAUGGAAUUCCUGAAUUUGGUUCAAGUGGGGGGGCUGCUCAGCACUGCUUUAUUUUUGAAGAGCCUGAUUCCUUUUGUAUUUACUCAAAAGGUUUUUUCCCCCUUGGAUUUCUCUUCCAUCUGGCUGCUCCAAAAGUCUGCGGAAAAAGACAGUUGAAUGCAGCCUCCGAUGUACACAAAAGAAUGGGUUUCCAUUCAAGGUGGCCAUUGGUGGGAAGAGCACCAGCGGCACUUUGUGUGAUCAGCAUGCUACUGUGCCUCCCUCCCGUGUCAUGCACAACCUGCCCUCAGAAAUGCCGAUGUGAAGACCUGCAGUUUUACUGCGACACGCAGGGCCUCCUGGCGCCCCCAGACGGCGUGGAUAAAGGGGCCCUCGGACUGUCCCUCAGACACAACGGUAUCAGUGACCUUAGCCCAGACCAGUUCUUCGGUUUCACCCAGCUUACUUGGCUCCACCUGGAUCACAACCAAAUAACCAACGUGCAUGAGGAUGCCUUCCAGGGGCUGUACAAGCUCAAGGACCUUAACCUGAGCUCCAACCGCAUCACCAAGCUGCCAAACACAACCUUCAUCCACCUCAUCAACCUGCAGAUUUUGGAUCUCUCUUUCAACCAGAUGACAGCUUUGGAGCCCGAGCUCUUUCACGGGCUCCGGAAGCUCCAGAUUCUUCAUCUACGGUCGAACUCCCUGCGCACGACACCCGUCCGGGCAUUCUGGGAUUGCCGGAGCCUGGAAUACCUCGGCCUGAGCAACAACCGGCUCCGUAGCCUGGCCCGGAACGGCUUCGCCGGGUUAAUUAAACUCCGGGAGCUCCAUUUGGAACACAAUCACUUGACCAAGAUUAACUUGGCACACUUUCCUCGCCUGGUUGCCCUCCAAUUCCUUUAUCUACAGUGGAACAAGAUAAACAAUUUAACUUGUACCAUGGAAUGGAAAUGGACAACUCUGGAGAAACUGGAUCUAACUGGGAAUGAAAUACGAGUGCUUACCUCCGAUGUGUUUGAAACUUUGCCCAACCUAAAGAUCCUGCUGCUGGAUAACAACAAACUGACCAGCCUCGAUACCCAAACCAUGGAUAUGUGGAAGUCCCUAAACUUUAUCGGGCUUUCCAGCAACAUGUGGGAAUGUACCAAACGGAUCUGCAAUUUGGCCACUUGGCUAAGCACGUUUAGGGGUCGAUGGGAGCAUUCUAUCCUCUGUUACACUCCUGACUACGCACAGGGCGAGGAAAUAUUGGACGCGGUUUACGGAUUUCAACUUUGCCAAAAUUUCUCAGCACCGGUUCUACUGACCAGUACUACCACGGAGGCCAUGCUCCCCGAGAUAACAAGCUCUCUGUUUGGAAAUGCGCAGACCCCUACGCAAGACUUCUAUGCAGAGGAUUUUGGGAGCUUUACGAUUGUUACUACUACUACUACUACUACCACUGCUACUACUACUACUACUACUAAAACCACCCAACCACCAAGCACUGCCCUGACAACCACCCUGACGGUGGAGGAGGCAGAUACAGUUACAGAGGACUACUCUGCCAUGGACAACACAUUGCUGACCCAGAGGGUCAUUAUUGGCACUAUGGCUCUGUUGUUUUCCUUCUUUCUCAUAAUUUUUGUAGUGUAUAUAUCACGAAAAUGCUGCCCUCCCACUCUAAGGCGGAUCCGCCAUUGCUCGGCCAUUCAGAACCGGCGACAGAUGAGGACCCAACAGAGACAGCCAAUGGCGGACCUGGCAACGCAGGUGCCCUAUAAUGAGUACGAGCCUACUCACGAGGAGGGUGCUCUCGUGAUCAUCAAUGGCUACGGGCAGUGCAAAUGUCAGCAACUGCCUUACAAAGAGUGUGAAGUAUAAAAACUUUAUUUAUUCCUGCAGUUGAUGGGUUUAGCAUUUGUCCAUUUUGAAAAGAAACAGGGUUUGCUUCUGGACUUUUUUUCCUUUUCGGUUUGUAAGCCUAUUUCUUUGGAAUUGUUAGCUUUGAAAUCCAUGAAAGCUUGACAUGACUGGGUUGAACCUGAUAAAGAGGAAAUAGAGAAAUUCACAAGUUUAUUUUUGUAAUACAAAUGCAAGGUUCAUAUCUAGCUGGGGCAAUCAAUCUCAGCAGAGGAAAGCUGGAUGUGGGAUGUGUCAUAGCAUCACUGGGGUUUGUGUAUUCUAUGUAUUCUGCAGCACAGAGGAGAUGAGAAAAUCUAUAGCCAAACCGCCUGGAACCUUGUGCUCCAGACAACAGUUCAUAAAAAAGACAUAUCUUCUGAUAAAUGAUGAAAUUCUGUUUCGUGAAAAAUAGUGUUGCAUAUGCUGAGCAGUGCAAAUUUCAAAAGGAUUAAUAAAAAAAGAUUUUUAUGGCGUCUGUUAGCCAACACUAUAGAUCUUGAAUUAACAUUUGGGGAGAGGAAAUAAAUGAUUAAGAGACAUACAAAGCAUAUUUUUUACCUUUUCUAAGUACUGCUACAAAUUAUGCCACAAGAUUAUAUCUAGGUUUGACCAGGGAAAUCAGAUCACUCACGUUACUUAGCUUCCUCAUGGAGCAGAAACGAUAGUCUCACUUUGAUAGAGACUUAAAUUUGAACUAAUGAGAACACUUAACAGCCUUCCCGUUUCUGCAUUUGGAUAAAUUCAAUAAACUCUGUCCUCUUCCUUGAAAUCUCAAAAGCCUGGCACUUUGUGUAAAAAGGUUAAUGUCCAAUAUGGCUCUGCACUGAUUCUGACAAAAUGCUCGCUCUGCUAUUAAAAGAGACAGUUCAUUUGUCAUUGCACAUUUACAUAAGAUGGCUUCAAAUGCUGACAUCCUCACUGUGAUAGUACAAUGCUGCUUAGACCACCGCAACGUUAAUGAAAAGACCACCGAGGUAUGCUACAUUACCAAAACACCAGCAAGAACAGGGAAGGGAAAUAAACGGCAAAACGUAACAGGUAAAGAAAGACACGGGCAACAGUCUCCUAAAAAUAAAUGCAUACGCUCUGCAUCGCACUGCUCGAAUGCAGCAAAGAGCAUAAUGGCACCUGACAGCCUCAACAUUGAGUCAAUUAAGCCUGGGGAAAACGAAUCUAAUAUUCCGUCACCCAAACCUUUGCCCCAGCAAGACUCAGCCUUCUCAGCCGGUACAGAUGUAAAACUCACUGCCGGUCUCUUUUUCAUGGAAACAAGACAGUUCUGUUACUUUAUAGCCACAGUCCCGCUGGUCCAUGACAUCAAAAAGCCUUUUUGUCCGAGCGAGAUAUGGGUAGGGUGAGAAUAAGAGCGAGGACAAGAAAGGGACGUCAAAGCGGAGAGAGGCUGAAGCGUAGCGCAUCUCUCAUAAGAGCAUGCGGAGGAUGGCUGGGUCAGAAGACAUUUGUAUGCAGCACAGAGAAGACAGACAUUAGUAUCAAACCAAAGCAGCCGCGACGACUGCAGCGGGUCUCUGUGUCGCAAUCGGGUGUUGGGGGGCAGUGAUGCGCGAGUGGGGCAUGCAAACACCAGUCAACGUCUAACCCAACUGAACGAGCACCUUAUGUCCUGUAGUGUAGCUCAAUCAGGAUCCAAAUUCAUUAGAGGAAACUGCAUGAUAACACCAUGGGCAAGAAUUCAAACCCCACUGCUGCCCUCAUAUUGCCUCAUUCCUGAAAUAAUUAUUCAUCAACUUGUAGCUUAAGGGAAAGCAGCUAAAAAUAAGCUAUAAACGCAUCAUCAAGUCAUAUCCUGGCAUAGGGGGGUUCUCAGUAGAGACUGGCAUAAAUAAAGCACACCUAAUGAUAGUGUUUGACAAAUAUGGCACAGGACAUAAGUAACUGUCCAACAUUAAUUAGGCAUGUCUGAGACACUAUUGGAGUUAAAAGCCCACAGAACAGUAGGAAAAACCCAAAUGACAGCAGUUAAGUGCUGUUGGUCGAGAGUAAUGCUAAAGAAAUGUAGCUAACCAUGUCUGUGCAUCAGCUGGAUAUUAACAAACCAAACAGUACUUGAUGAAUUUAGAGAAAACAUAUGCUGAGCAAAGAACAUUCAACAUUUAAAAAAGGAUUUGAAUUAUGUGAAACUAUCAUUUACUUUCUGUAUUCUUUUAAUUCACCUUGCUUAAGAAAACAACUACACAUACAACAUCCCAAAAAAACAGAAAAAAAAUAUCAAGCCUUACAUCCUCACCUGAUAGUUUAAACGUACAGUACGGUGCAAAAGUUUUACGCACAUGCACCCAAUAAAUAAGAGUUCAGAUGCAAACCCUUAUACAUGUUUUCUCAAAAAUUGUUUUUAUCAACCUAAAAAAUAUACAGGGGGAUAAUACUGUCCCUUAAUUUGCACUAUCCAACCACAGCACUACCAUUUAGAGCAGAGAUCUCUAUUUGCAUUUAAAAGGACACACCCAAAAUGACACAUUUUUGCUCACACCUACAAAGUGGGAAUUUUAAGAUAUGAUAAUAAAUGAUCUGUGGGAUAUUUUGAUCUAAAACUUGAUAACCAUAUAAUAUGUCCCAAGAGUGUUUUGUUAAUAUUAUUUUGGGAUUUAGCAGUUUUUGCAUCUGAGCUCCUCCAAGUUUUUAAGCCAGAUAUAUAUAUCUUUUGCUGUAGUGCGUCAGUAGAAAUGAUUACUUUACAUUUUCAAACAUUUAUUUUGUCAUUAUUGUAAUAAUCCAGUAAGAUUUUUGUAUGCACAAGGAGUCUGA